GGCGGGGCGAGGAGCGGAGGGGCGUCCCGAGGGCGGGGAGAUGACGCAAGAGCGACUCCUGGAGGCGGGGCGAGGCCUUGGAGUUGCGUCCUGAGUCGGUGCAGCUAAGAUAGCCGGGGCAGUGACGCGGGGGCGGGACCUGGAGCAAGGGCGGGUCCUAGGGACCUGGGCGAGCUGCCGAGGCCCGGAAGCGGAUGGAGGAGGCUGCUUGCCAUGGACGAAGCGGACCGGCUGCUUCUGCGGCGGCACCGGCGGCUGCUGGUGGAGAAGCUGCAGGUGGACCAGCUCUGGGACGCCCUCCUGAGCCGGGAGCUGUUCAAGCCCCACAUGAUCGAGGACAUCCAGCGGGCAGGCUGUGGAUCUCGGCGGGAUCAGGCCAGGCAGCUGAUCACAGAUCUAGAGUCUCGAGGGAGUCAAGCCUUUCCUUUGUUCAUCUCCUGCUUAGAGGAGACAGGCCAGUGCAUGUUGGCUUCGAUCCUGCAAACUAAUAGGCAAACAGAAAAAUUCUUGAUUCCCAAACCAAAGGAUCCCAGACCAGUGGACAUUGGUUCUGGAGGAUCCGGUGAUGGCGGUGCUCCUGAGAUUUUGAGGCAAAAUACAGAUUUGGCUUAUGUCAUGAGCACGGAGCCCUGUGGCCACUGCCUCAUUAUCAACAAUGUGAACUUCAGCCCUGAGUCCAGGCUCAGCACCCGCACCGGCUCCGACAUCGACUGUGGGAAGUUGCAGCUCCGCUUCUCCUCGCUGCAUUUCGUGGUGGAGGUGAAGCGCGACCUGACUGCCAAGGAAAUGGGGCUGGCUUUGCUGGAGCUGGCACGGCGGGACCAUGGUGCUCUGGACUGCUGUGUGGUGGUCAUCCUCUCUCACGGCUGUCAGGCCAGCCACCUGCAGUUUCCAGGGGCUGUCUACGGCACAGAUGGAUACCCUGUGUCACUUGAGAAGAUUGUGAACAUCUUCAAUGGGACCAGCUGCCCCAGCCUGGGAGGGAAGCCCAAGCUCUUUUUCAUCCAGGCCUGUGGUGGGGAGCAGAAAGACCAUGGGUUUGAGGUGGCCUCCACUUCCCCUGAAGAGGAAUCCCCUGGCAGUAACCCCGAGUCAGAUGCCACCCCAUUCCAGGAAGAUGCGUGGACCUUUGACCAGGUGGAUGCCGUAUCUAGUUUGCCCACACCCAGUGACAUCUUUGUGUCCUACUCUACUUUCCCAGGUUUUGUCUCCUGGAGGGAGCCCAAGAGAGGUUCCUGGUAUGUGGAGACCCUGGACGACAUCUUUGAGCACUGGGCUCACUCUGAAGACCUGCAGUCCCUGCUGCUCAGGGUCGCUAAUGCUGUUUCGGGGAAAGGGAUUUAUAAACAGAUGCCUGGUUUCUUUAAUUUCCUCCGGAAAAAACUUUUCUUUAAAACGUCAUAAGGCCAGAGUCCUUCACCCUGCCUUUUCUUGCACUCCAAAGCCCUCCUACCUUAGGCCUGCAAGCGGCUGAGACCUGGACCUUUCCCGCAACUCAAGGGCUUUGCGGCCGGCACAGGGUCUGCUCUCUCUGCCAGUGACAGGCAGGCUCUUAGCAGCUUCCAGAUUGGCGACAAGUGCUGAACAGUGGAGGAAGAGGGACAGAUGAAUGCUAUGGAUUGCAUGUGGCCUCUUGAGCAGUGGCUGGUCUGGGGAUAGUGACUGUGUCCUCUGUUCUCUGUAGAACAGGGAUUAACCUCUGCGCUACUGACAUGUGGGGCCAGGUCAUCCUUUGCUGUGAGGUUGUCCUGUGUGUUGUGGGAUGUUCAGCACUGUCCCUCGCCUCAAUGCCAGUAACAAUAUCUCCCUGAGUGGUGCUCUUCAGGCGUUGCCAAAUAUGUGCUGGGCUAUAAAACUUUCCUCACCUGGCACCCGGCACCCACUGAUCUGUAGGGAUUUUUGGCUACACACAAACCAGUAUCUCUCAUGGAUCAGUGAGCUGAGGCCUACUGGAGUCUGAACAGCUGUGAUCUGUGAAUUCUAAAUGAAGUUUUAAAAAUUGUUAAUUUUUCCUAUAUUGCAUUAAUCUUAAGAAAUAAAUCUUAGGCAAAUGUGGA